AUGUCUUUGGAUGCUAUUCUUGAGUCAGCUAACCUUUUGUUGCAAACAACAUUGAGUUCCAAUAUCGGCUUCAAAGAAAUAUUAAAUAAUGAAAAAUUGAUCUUUUCUCAUAAAGAGGAGGAAAUAUUAAAAUUAGCGACGCGUUUGGAACAAAUAAAAGAGCAAAGACGCGAUUUACAUUAUACUUUACAGAGAAAAAGUUGUUUAGAAAAUUUUACUACUGGAUCGGACGAAGCAAGUGAAAUAAUUUCUUUGGAAGUACGAAUUAAGGAGAAAAAAAAAACGUUGGCUUCUUUAAAUUCGAAAAAUCAGGUUAAAGACAAAGCGGUAGAAAAUACCGAAACAGGGCAAGUCAUAUUAACUUCUCUAUUCUCCGAAGGAAAUAAGACAUCUUCACAUGAAACCUGUCUCAAUGAAAUGAUAAAUAAGCGUGACCUUCUCGUAUCUGAGUUCUUGAAAUCACAUCAAGAACUUCUUAAGGUACAAUAUGAGUUGACAAAUCUCAAGAAAGCCGUCAUUGCUCGACAUAGAGAAAAUAGAACAUUGAUGAUGCAAAUCAACGAAUUUAUUUCCAAACCAAUUGAAAAAUAUUACGAGAAUUCAGGAAAUAAUCAAGCUGUAACGUUACAGUUAAAAAGUUUGUCGAAUGAUUUGGCGAAUGCAAGAGCGAAACGAGAAAUUGUACGAAAUAUUUUACAAGGAUUAAUCCUUGAAAGUGGAGUGGAUUGGGCGAAUGACGAACAUUUAUUGAAUUUGAUACUUAUUAUUGGAGAGGAAAUUUAA